UUUUUGCAUACUAAUUAACAUGGACGCCAUGGCUCAGCUGACUCAGGAAAUUAAUUUCUCGCGGCCUUCAGCAGAAGAAAUAUUUGCAGAAAUGGAUGAAUCUGUUUUGCAUCAACUCUUAUCGGAUGAUUAAUGGCUUGAUGUUCGUGGCCUUGUUAGGGACUUUGAACUGCUUCCUGCUGGGGAGUUGAAUGAGAGACUCCGGAUUUUCUAUGCAGAAGUGCGAAACACGAACGGUUUUUAAAGCAGUGAACUUCAACGGAUAUGUGGAAACAGCCCGGACUGCCGCCGAGUUGUUUCCCAGCAACAGAGAGGAUGUAAACAUACUAGACGUAGCUGCAGGAACUGGGCUUUGUGCAGGCGAGCUUUACACUCAUGGUUUUCGGAAACUAGAUGCGCUUGACCCAUCGAUGGGGAUGCUGGAUGAGGCGAGAAAGAAGGCACUGUACAACCAGUACUUCAAUGUAUCAAUGGGAGAAAACACUUUAGAUAUUGAAAGUGAUACCUACGACGCAGUAACGAUAUCAGGGAUGAGUACAGUGAUAUUGAAACAGCUACCGAUAAAAGCAUUUGAGGAGCUCAUACGAAUUGUAAAACCAGGAGGCUACAUCGUCAAUACAGCAAACAUCAAAUUGUUCCCGGAAGAUGGAGACGAGCAUGCCAAGAUAUUUAGAAGUAACAUGAAGACUUUGACUAUUCAGGGAAAAUGGGAGCAAUUUCAAUUUCGGCGUUUCAAGGAAUAUGUCGAAGGAGAAGAUGGUGUUGUUUCAACCCACAGAGUCCUAUAGAGUCCUAUGAUUACUUUAUCACAAAAAAAACGCACCUUUACUUUUGUCCAGCGUUAUCAUAACCUAUUGUCUGCAAUAGGUUUUGCAAGUGUAUGGUUAUUACCUGCUAGUUCCUGACACCCUCUACAUUUCCAGAAUUCUUUCAAGAAGAAUUUGUAAACGGUAGCCUAUUCUCACUGAAAUACAUCUCAUCUGGAGUACCCCAAGGUUCUGUCCUUAGUCAUUUUUCAUUCCCUGUAUGGAUAGACGAUUUGGCCGAUAAUCUCGUUUAUUUGCUGAUGACUGUCCAUUAGUGGAUCGUCUGUUAGAAUUAACUAUCUGGAAGAACCUUAUGUGAUGUACUGUCUUACCUCUACAACCGGUCACGUUUUUGGUUUGUAAAAUUUAAUCCCGACAAAAUAACAUUACACAAACAAUGUUACCAAACCAAAUUUUGUCCAUAACAAUAUGUGUCCUCAUCCUUCGAAUACUCAUAAACAACUCGGUGUUAUUUUAUCUCAAGUUAUGAAAUGAUCUGACCAUACUGACAGUAUUAGCAGGACUGCAUCGAAAAUAAUAUUUUCUUUGCGAAAACUAAAGUAUGUACUCGAUAGCUCAACAUUAACUGUAGUACAUUAUUGAUACAGCCUCUUCUUGAACUGUACAUUUGUAAACUCUCAUAGCCUAGAAACGAGUCAAUUGGAUGCGCGAGAAUAGUUAGUGAUCUUGCCAAAUUCGCAUCUCGAACCAGCUUAUAUAAUGAAACAGGCUGGGAAACACAAUCAAAGAGAAAUGACACACUGUACUUGAUAUAUGUUAACAUCUUGUGCACACAUCUAAGGUGUUUUUUUCGAAUGUUCUAAUUAUAAUCCCAUUACAAUUUCAUUAUAUAACAAUAUUUGAUCUGUUGGAGGGCAUUUUAUCGAUCCUAACAAUUCUCUAUGGUGAUAUUUCAUGCUUAUUAAUUAAUUUAUGUUUAAUAUUUAUGCUGAUGUCCACUGUAUGUUUAUGGAAAGAGCGUCGGAAGUCGGAAAACUUUGGCCAAAUUUGAUCUUUUAAUGUCAAUAAAAUAUGUCACAUA